AUGGGAAUUUCACUUGAAGAAUAUGACCGCUUGAUAGGAGAAAUUGAAAAUGAAAUGAAAGAACAAUGUGACGAAAAAUAUUUUAAACACAAAAAAGUACUUGCAAGAAAGAAAGAUGUGG